CAGACUGGUCCUGUGAUCGACAUGCCAGUGCCUGCCAGCUUCAACGAUAUCACUCAAGACCCCAGCUUGGAGAACUACAUCGGCUGGGUUUGGUAUGAGAAAGAGGUGCUGCUUCCUCUCCGCUGGCUUCAGGACAACCUCAACACCAGAGUGGUGCUCCGUUUUGGUAGUGCCCAUUACUACUCCAUUGUGUGGGUCAACGGCGUGCAAGUCGUGGAGCACGAAGGGGGGCACCUCCCUUUUGAAGCAGAUAUAAGCAGCAUUGUCCAGGGCAGCCCAGGGAUCCCCUGCCGCAUCACUGUCGCGCUCAACAACACCCUGACACCCCACACUCUGCCUCCGGGGUCAAUUCAGUACAUGAAUGACAAAACAAAGUAUCCCAAGAACUAUUUUGUACAGAACAUCAGGUUCGAUUUCUUUAAUUAUGCUGGAAUCCAUCGCCCGGUUGUGCUUUACACCACUCCUUCUGUCUACAUAGAUGAUAUUACUGUGACAACUGCUUCAUCAGAGAGCAUUGCGAUGGUGCAAUAUGAGGUGUCGGUUGUUGGCAGCACACUCUAUUCCUUGUCCCUGAGUUUACGUGACCAAGAUGGGAAAGUCGUUGCUACAGGUGAUGGGCCCACUGGAAAGCUAAAAGUCCUGAACCCAAAUCUUUGGUGGCCUUACCUGAUGCAUGAGAACCCUGGAUACCGCUAUUCCUUAGAGGUGAAAAUGCAGGCGCAGGUGAACGGGGCGCUGCUGGAGGAUGUAUACACGCUCCCGGUCGGCAUCCGCACCGUCCACGUCACCAGCACGCAGUUCCUCAUCAACGGCAAGCCCUUCUACUUCCAUGGCGUCAACAAGCACGAAGACGCGGACAUCCGCGGCAAAGGCCUCGACUGGCCCCUGGUCGUGAAGGACUUCAACCUGCUGCGCUGGCUGGGGGCAAACUCCUUCCUCACCUGCCACUACCCCUAUGCCGAGGAGAUCAUGGACCUGUGCGAUGCCUACGGCAUCGUGGUGAUCGAUGAGUGCCCAGGAGUGGGGAUUAAAAUGCCUGAGAGUUUUGGGAAUAAGUCCUUGCAGCAUCAUCUUGUUGUGAUGGAGGAGCUGAUCCGCAGGGAUAAGAACAGGCCAUCAGUCGUGAUGUGGUCGGUAGCCAACGAGCCGGCAUCGGAGCUGCCCCCAGCAGCUUACUAUUUUAAGACAGUGAUAGCUCAUACUAAAGCUCUCGAUCCCUCCAGACCAGUAACCUUUGUGACAGAUGCUAAUUACGCUCUUGACCGUGGUGCUCCUUACGUGGAUGUAAUCUGUGUAAAUAGCUACUUCUCCUGGUAUCACGACCCAGGCCAUCUGGAAGUUAUUCCACUACAACUCGCAACACAGUUUGAGAACUGGUAUAAAACCUACCAAAAACCCAUUAUCCAGAGCGAAUAUGGAGCGGACUCAGUUCCUGGACUUCACAGCGAUCCACCUCUUAUGUUCAGCGAGGAGUAUCAGAAAGCUAUGCUAAAAGAGUACCACUCCAUUUUUGACAAAAAGAGGAAAGAAUAUGUGGUUGGGGAGCUCAUAUGGAAUUUCGCUGAUUUCAUGACUAAUCAAGGGACCACACGUGUUUUGGGGAACAAGAAAGGAAUAUUUACUCGCCAACGACAGCCCAAAGCAGCUGCAUUUGUUCUUAGAGAAAGAUACUGGAAGAUUGCAAAUGAAUCAAGCUGUCUUCCUCCUAUAACAAAAUCACAUACCCUCUUUCUAAAAUGAAAUCAAAAGGUAUAGUGGCUGGGUACUAUGCUGAACUUGUUAAUUAAAUUUCUGUUUAAAUAAUAUUUAUGCCUGACUCAAGCCUUGCAAGUCUUAAUGCAAUUUCUAGUCCACCUGAAGUAGAAGCAGAUCAGAAACACUAGUUUCCUAGGCUUAGCCAUGUCUGUAGGCUUCCUGUUUCCAGGUAGUAAAAUGAAUAUUUAGAGUUUCAAGGAGCUGAAGUUAGAGAUCCUGACUGAGGUAUCUGUUUAUGGCAAAAAAAAAAAAAAUUUACAUUAUACAAAUCAAUGCUAAAAAAAUCCAAGUUACUCUAAACGAACAUCACAUUCCUCCAAUGCAAAUGAGGUUUUCCAGUUAUACUCCCCUAACAGUUACACUACUCAGAUCACAGCAAAUUGUCCACAGGAUUAGUGAAGAGCACAAUUGAUUCAGCUUCUCUUGCUGACAGAAUGCAUGUGGCUGGCUGAGAAAUCCUGAGAGCUCACAGCGUUCAGGAAGCGUAUGAACCACCACUUCUGUGAGGAUACCGAACAUACUCCAAUACAGUAUGGAAUUCAUACUACAGCAGCAAGGUGGAAUAUGUUAGAUACGGAUAUACGACAUUAACUGAACUUUGUUUACAACUAUUUUAGUCACAGUACCAGAACUGCCGCUAUUAUCUGCGGUUUUACCUUCCAGCAUGGAAGAGCUUCCUUCAUAUUAAAUUGUCACUGUGUACUACAGUAAUAAUAGUCCAGAGGGGAAAUUUGAUCUAAAUCUUUUUAACACUGGCCUGAAGCAUUCUGCGGUAGGGCGAUGUGUGAAUUCAUGUACACACGCACUUCAGACAGUAGUGUAGUAACGUCCCUUUCAGGCUGCACACCAGCCUUACAGGACCCUAAAGGCCAGGGUUUAGGCUGUAAUAGAUUAUGCCAACACUCACAGAAAAGCUCAGAACACUUAUUUAGUCUGCAGCCUUCUUACUGCAACAUCGCAGAACCACGAGAUUGGAGGCUGCCUACUGAAUGCUGGAAGUUCGCACAAUUACAUGGUUUCAUUAUUCCGAUUCACAGAUAUGGUGUAAAACUUUUUCUACAACUGGCUCUUCUGCUAGUACCUCAAGAAAGUGACCAAAACAUCUGCCAAUAUAAAGAAAAUAAUUGCUCUUACAUUGUGCGGUGGCCCAAUUCUCCUUCCUUUAGGCUUGAUAACUUAGAAACCAAUACCACCUUCCACACUGCCAACAUGCAGCAUAAGGACAUAGAUGUUUACUGCAGACCUCAGAACAGUUUUUUCUUGAGUUUUUAAGGGAAAAGAAGAAACACACUAUCAACAUUCCUUAGUUAUACCGUGUUAGGUUUACAGAUUUUCUAUACAACUAAAACCGCAGAUUAGAAAGCUAUCCAUAGCAGAGACACUUGCUCAAAUGUACCAGGGUAUAAGAGUCAGUACCACAUUUAAGCCCAUUACCAGUGUUUGAAAGUCGUUUCAACUUCUCUAUUUCUAGACAAUUUUUUUUAAAAACCAUUUUCUUCCCCAUUUCAACAGACAUGACGUACCAACAGAUAAAGAUUCGACGUUGUUAACACAUUACAAACUAGGGCUCAGAUCCCUAUCGUAACACACAGGGCUUGCAGCUGCAGAAGAGAAAGGCAUUACCUUCAUUCAGUCCAACAAAACAGAUGCAAAGUUUAAUAUCCACACGUAUGGUAAGCACACAUUUCAGAGUCUUAGUUCCUGCUUGUUCUUAACAGCUCAGAGCAAUCAUAAACCCAAGCCGCCUCUCCAACCCUUCUCCAAAAGCUCCCUCCCUCCCCCAAGUCCAGGAAAACAUACAGCAGUUUCCAGAUACUUUGCGAUCUUGUUGGAGCAGAGUUAAAGCAGACCUACAGAACCAAGGAAAGCAGGAAGAGAUAAAAAUAACAUACUUCACAGGGCUUUUUUGCACGUUGCUUAAAGAACUGUAAACAGUUAAAGCCUCAAGUCAAUGCCGCUCAACCUUUACACACCCAUGUGCGCACAACAUUCAGUGAGACACGGAUGAAGCUGCAGAAAGUCUAUAAACUGGUAACUCUGGGGACCCAAGUGCUUUAACCCUUCUACUGCUAACACACAAUGUCUUUGAAAAAAAAUAAAAUCACAACUUGGUACAUUUCUAGAAACAGAAUUACAGUACUGACUUUAAAAACAGUUUCUAAGGCUCAGACUGAGUCCAAAAAGGCCUCUGAUUGGGUUCAUUCAAGCUCUUAUGUUUGGACUGCAUGAGUGCAGCAUAAGAAUGAUUGCAGCAAGACGUUCACAGGUAAUUUCUACAUUUAUUUUUUUAUACCAAAAAGUUAUGUGCAACAAAUAGAAUUCAUACAUAUUUACAUUGUUUUACCUGUUAGCAAAAUUGUAUCCUAAAUCUCCAAUAGAGAAUCUCUCAACCUAUAUUGAUAAAAGGAACAUCUGCCCAAUGACUCCAUUUAAAUGGAUGUUUAAUUUGGAGUUUAAAGCACUAGUAAUAAAUAGUUGAUGGAACAUACUAUACAGAACAAACACCUAAUAUUUAGGCCAUGCUUAAUACAGUUUUAUGGUAACAGAAUACUUCAUCUUUUCUGGACCAGCUUUGUCUAGAUCACAUUUAAACAACAUUGGCAGAACCAAAGCUAUUAGAUCUCUCUCUGACUUUAGCCCAUAUAAAUUAGGAGCAUCAAGUGCUGCCUGAAGCACCUCACCAAUCUUUUUGAACAAUCAAGAGACUCUGUACAGCAGAAGACAAACGUGUACUGCAGUAUGCAGGAAUCUCCUAAUCAGAGAGAUUUAUUAUCAUGUUGGAUAUCAAAGGUGGUAGGGAAUGUUUCAUUGGCCUUAGUGUUGCAAACACUUUACAGUAAGAAACUUCCAAGAACAUUCAUUUCCCAAAUGAGACUUGAAUGCUUCAUUGGCCUUAAGAGUACCAAGCACCUUACAGUAAGAGGAUUUCAGGAAUGUUUAAUUCCUAAGCAGGUUUGGGGAUGAGGCUCUUUUGCUUCUCCAAUCAGCUCCUCCCUGUGGAACUUCCGAGAGCUAGGGAGGGGGAGGAAGAGCCCAAAUUCAGAACCACUGUUUGUAUAUUAUGAAUUUUUUCCCCUCCGUUCUCAUGGGUGUUGGAAACCACAACCAGUAUCUGUAUAAUGAUACUGCACCCCUGUCCCUCUGCCAGACCAGAUAUUAUUUGCUAGCUUUUACCCAUACUCUCAUAUCCUUAAGCUUUCUCAGAAUUUGCCUUCGGAUUUGUAAGGGUCAAAUUAAUAUCAACCACAUAUUUGCCAGGACAUUUGUUUUGGCUGGGGGCAGGCAGGGGGGCAGUUGCAUGUACUCAUUUCCAUCACACUUCUAAUUGUAACCUGAGCCAUUUUACUGGAAGAAAGAUGCUGUUUCUAUCAUUAGGAGCAAUGAGGAAAGAGUUAAAAGAACUGGAAGCAAAAAGGUCCAAAUUUCUACUGCUAAUAUUGUUUUGCCCUUUAUUCAGGCCAACUGCAUUUCUGAAGCACAAGAGAGAAAGUAGAAGAGUUAGGGCUAUUUCUAGCAAAUCACUUCCAGUAAAAAGUAACCGCAAGAAAAGCACACAAGACAAGAGUUCACAAUUAAGGAUCAGAUUUGCAAGUUCGUGCACAAAGUGUAGCUGCGAAUUCUUCCAGAGACCAAACUCAAUUUCCAUUUGAUCCCUAUGUGCACACAAACAAGGACUGCAGACACGACUGCUGAAAAUCUGGCCCUAAACAAUUUUACUAAACAAACUGAAUUAACAGACUAUGCCCACACAGACAAGCACAAGACACAGUGAAGUUCGUCAACACCUAUACUUUCAGCUGAUGGGGCUUUUUUUCCUUUUUUUUUGGUGUGCGCUACACCCAGAAAUUGGACCAAGUAAUCAUUGAUUAUACUUGUCUCCAUUGCUGCUUGCUCUGAGAUAUUAGCACUGCGACUAACCAUUUCAGGCAGCACGUGUUCACCUCUUCCUUGGAUGAAAAAGAUGCAUUCCUGUGAUCUACACUAAGGCAUCAAAAUAAAUCUAUACAACAUAUUAAACAGCAAAGUUGCCUCAAGGCUUGUAAAAGAACAAAGUAAAGCCUUGAGGGACCAGUUUAAAAUCAUUCACUCCCCUCAUAUCAAAGUUCAAGGCAUUUGAGAGACAGAACUAAACAUCAAGACAAGCUUUAACUAUACUCUGGUCAAUACAAAACGCAUUUAAUGAAUUGUUGUCUAAAACCAUUAGACAAGAGGGACAAGUAAUUUAGUGUUACGUGCAACAGAUGUUACUCAUACCACAGAACUCUAUACAUUAAAGCAGUUUCCACCUACAUCCUUGAUACAAACCAGAAAAUUACUUCAGUAGUAAUUUAAAUACUAUUUAGUGAAUUCAAUCUAAAAAUUAUUUUCUCUACGCAACACUGCAUGUUUCACCGUCAAGUUUAUCCCCAGCAACUUAGUGUUUAUAAUCCACUUUGCCAUACAACAUAAGUGUGUCUCUGACAUUCAUGUUUAAGAAAAAAAAAAUCCUAAAAUUAAACUAAUUCUUUAAAUAAAUGGGUAUGCAGUUGAAAGUCUUCAUAUUUAGAAGCUGACAAGGGCAAAAAGCAGCACAGCACCAAUUACAGAAAGUAGCUGAACCUUUUGGUGUCACAGAGUCUGAAACGCAAGCAUUUUACUUUUCUGAAUCACAUCAUCAACCUUCUAUCGCAUUCAUUUAAGUUAACUGAAACAAUACUGCUACCACUUCUCAGUCUAAAAACUAAAAUAGAUCUCUUAAUACUUUUCUAUCCCCAGCAAGUUUGCUGGGAAUUUUCUUUGUUCAUUUUCAAAGCAAGGACACUUCUGCCUGCCAAGUUCAACACAAAGUAUUUGGUUUAUGAUUUUAAGACAGAAGGCACUUUUAACAUUCAGCCUUAGAAUACUGAGUGCAGAAACAACAUUUACAAUUUUGUUCCUUUGUUUAAAUCUGCAGUUUAAUUUUUUUCCAAUUAGUUAUUAGAAAGAGCAAUGAUAGCACUAUAUCACAUUUCAUUUUCAGGAGCACAUUUACUUACUUAUCCCACUAAACAGGUUGCCCUUCCAAGGGAUCUUAUGUGUGUCAGGCCUAAAGUUCAAAUCCUAAUAUAGCACAAACCAAAGAUCCUGAGGAAGAUCAAUUAAGUAACUGCUUCUUUAGUGCACUACUUGGUUACCCCACUCAGUCAGUGGUUUCCACUGCAAAUUGCAAUUCUAUACUGCAGCAUUCAUAUAACAUCAAACAUUAGUAACACUGGCUGGCUGACCGCAAUUUAAAAAUGAAACAGCUCUGCAUGGAAAUUAAGUCCUUUCAAAGAAGACACUUCGAUACACCAACCCCCAAUCGGCAUGUAAUAUCCCGGCGGCAGCUUUGUGUUGACCACAUUAAGCUAUUUUCGUUCUGUACAGAAAUUAAUGAAGUUGUGGUUUAAUGAACGCACUUCAGGUUUCAGCUUUAAUUCCAUUUUCGUUACUGGAGACAGAAAAAAAAAAAAAGGAACAAAACCCAACCAUCAUUCUUGUGAAAAAGCACUAGCAAUGAGUGCAGCAACAUGGUGUUCUCUACAGAGGCCACUUCUUCCAUCACGUCAGUCGACUAUUAGCUGAACAAUCUGACAGCUCCUAGGCUAACAAAACCGAUUGUACAGUGAGCUCUCCAGGGAUGAAACCAGUAUUUCUAAUUUUAUUUACAGUUUUAAGUCCUAGUCAAAUCUAAGUCCAUCAGAUAAAAAAAAAAAAAAAAGUAAUACACAUACUGUAAACAUGGCAACAUUAAAUAUGGUAAUGCUAGUCUAGAAUAUUUAAUGUCAUGAUCACAUCUUGUUAUACCUGAAUUUAUAUACAGGGUAUUUUAUAGCAAGUGUUACCCACUUCACAAGUGGAGGGGGAAGAGAGAGAGUCUAGGUUUUACUGUGGCUAAAACUCCUUCAAAGUAAAGUUAAAGCUUGUCUUUGAUUGUAUUAGAGCUUGCUUUCAUAACCACAUUUAAAUUGAAGAUUAGCACAAAAAAAAUUUAUCUAGGGCCCCUUCAAAUUUAUAAUUAAAAAUUCAGUUAUGAUUCUCGGGGAAAGUGUCUGAUAUGGAGAAUAAAAAAUUACUGCAAAAUAAACUUAAUGGAAGUUGGGUCUUCGGACUGUCAGU